AUGGCCGGAUGGGCCUGCCGGCGCGGCUGGCCGGCAUUAGGGUUAGCGGCGUUGCUCUGUCUCGGUGCUCUGACGAGAUGUUCGGCCGCUGCAGACGAUGACGAGGAGGAAACCAUUUCCGGGAAAACGGGAAAUUACCUGUCAGACGCUGCCAAGUGGACAUGGCCAGUGGUCAACGAGCCGGGAACGGAAGCGUCGGUGUACAAGGUUCUCUCCUCCUGGUGCGGCAACGCGUACGAGGAGAUGGUGAAGGACGCGGAGCGCAAGGCGAGGGACCACGAGCGGCUGAAGCUGGAGCGGGACCAGCGGUUUCAGGAGUGGAUGCAGUGCCGCCAGGAGAAGUUCAUUAAAGAAAAGGAGCUAGAGGCGGAGUGUGAGAAGGUGCGCAAGCUGCAGGGGUCGGAGUUUGACCGAGAGAGGCUGGUGAUGCGCGCUGAGUGUGACAUGGAGCUCACUCUGCUGCGCGCUGAGCUGGACGCCUGUGAGAUCAAGUUGAGCAACAAGGAACGGGCAGUAUGCGAGAGGGAGGUUGUGGUCGAACGGGCCCUAUGCGACCAUGCGAAGCGCGGCCUGGAGGCCAACAACACGGCGUGCAAGCACCGCACGCAGGUCACCGACCUCACCCGCCUGGCUGAGCUGGAGGACACGGCGGAGCGGGCGGCGAGUGACCACGAGGAGUGGGCGGCGGAGAGGGGGCGGCUGCGCAAGGAGCUCAAGGCGUGCCGCCCGGCGAGGGCGCAUGCGGAGGCGCGGCUGAGGGAGGUGCUGGCGGAUGGGACAAUCGACUCUUUAGAGCACACUGUCGUGUGGCUGCAGGUGCUGCUGGGAGUGCAGGCGUUGGUGCUGCUUGUAAUGCUCUCCUUCCUCUUCUUCCUGCUGCUGCACGAAUCCCACAGAGUCCUGUGUUUAUGGUGGGUGGCAGUGCAGGUGGCAUUUAAGAUGCGCCUGGUGCCAGCAGAGGAGGCCAAGGAGACACUGUCCCCACCCAUCUCACUCUAUCCUACACAUUCAAUUGCCCACAACCCCACUCCCCUCCCUCACUCCCCAAACCUUUUGCAGAGGAGAACCCCACGGGAUGGGGCACGUACGGCUGGGUGGCGUGGCAGUACAGGCGGCAUCCAAGAUGUGGCUGGUGCCAGCAGAGGUAGCCAAGGAGACUGCAUCCCACCCAUCCCACGUUUGUCCUGCUCUUCCUCACCCUCUGCCCCACUCCACUCCCUCACUCCCCUAACUUUCCGCAGAGGGGAAUCCCACGGGAGGGGGCGCGUACGGGUGGGUGGCAGUGCAGGCAGCGUCCAAGAUGCGGCUGGUGCCAGCAGAGGUGGCCAAGGGAGGCUCAGCGCAUCCAAGAUGCGCCUGGUGCCAGCAGAGGUGGCCAAAGAAACACUCAUGAAGGCCUUUGAGGGGCGCAGGCGCACACGCCUGCCCAUCGUGCUCACCACUGCUGCCAACUACGAGCCUGACUCUGGCAGCCCCACAUUGGUCUUCCUGCUGGCGCCUGUCAACGUGGCAAGCUCCCGGCGCUUCUCCCUGUUCAACCAUUCAGGCGACUAUGUGACGCACGCAGAGAGGGCGCAGGAGAUAGUGGCCAAGGCCCUACCCAAGUCGCGACUGGUGGUGGUGCUCUGUGAGGGGUGCGGGGGGCUCUUCACAGAGGCCACGCUGGACUCGCUGCGACUCAAACCAGACAAGGUGGCAUACGAGGUGAUCCCAAAGGACAUGGAUUUCCCCAAGAGCCACAACCUGGUGGUGCCAUGGGUGGAUAAGAUGGAGGGGGUGAAGACAACCGACAGUGAGAGGGAGAGCGAUCUGUCGUCCGUGAUUAGAGCGCAGCCGUGGGCCCAGUACCUGUUGGGGAGGAGUGGGCGGAUAGGGCAGGUUUACAGCCAGCUGCUGUAG